GUGGCCUGUCCAGGCCCAGCCUUUGCCUUUCGGCGGCCUCUCCAGGCCCCGAACUUCCUCAGUCCGGCCUCUCCAGGCCCAGUUGCGGCCUCCCGGCCUCGUGUCCAGGCCCAUCUUGUUGUGGUUUCGUCUGCGGCCGCAGGCCGAUCUCCGACCUCACGACAACCUCUUUGGACUGGGCUCCGGCCCAGCUCCCUCUCCGCGGCCUUUGUAGGCCCCAAACGUCCUGAAGCCGGGCCCCACGGUGGCCUCUCCGGGCCCGGCUCCUGCCCUCCGACGGCGUCUCCAUGCCCCAGACUUCCUCCACCCAGCCUCUCCAGGCCCUGCUCCUCCUCCCGGCGGCUUCUGCAGGCCCUUGCUGGCCUCGGGUCGGCCUCUCCAGGGCUCGCUCCUGCUCCCGGUGGCCCCUGGAGGCCCAACUCGUCGCCCAGUCGGCCUCUGCUGGCCCAGCUCCUGCCUCUACUCGGCCUCUCCAGCUGCCAGACUUCCUCCGGACAGCCUCUCCAGGCCCAGCUCCUCCUGCCUGCCACUGGCCUCUUGAGGCCCAGCCCAGCCUCCUGCCUCCCGAAGGCCUGCACAGGCCCUGCCUGUGCCUCACAGCGGACUCUCCACGCCCAGCUCUCGCCUCACUGCGGCCUCCCAACGCCAGAGCUCCUCCUGCCUUUCGGUAUCUCCGCCGGGCCCUGUUCCCGCCUCCCAAUGGCCUCGUCACGCCCAGCACAUUUGUCUCGGGGAACGGCCUUUCCAGGCCCAGCCUUUGCCUUUUGGCGGCCUCUCCAGACCCCGUACUUCCUCAGGCCGGCCUCUCCAGGCCCAGUUGCGGCCUCCCGGCCUCCCGUCCGGGCCCAGCUCCUUGUGUUUGCGGCUGCGGCCGCAGGCCGAUCUCCGGCCUCACGACAACCUCUUUGGUCUCGGCUCCGGCCCAGCUUCCGCUCCGCGGCCUUUGUAGGCCCCAAACGUCCUGAUGCUGGGCCCCACGGUGUCCUGUCCGGGCCCAGCUCCUUCCCUCCGACGGCCUCUCCAUGCCCCAGACUUCCUCCAGCCAGCCACUCCAGGCCCAGCUCCUCCUCCCGGCGGCCUCUGCAGGCCCACGCUGGCCUCCGGUCGGCCUCUCCAGGGCUCGCUCCUGCUCCCGGCGGCCCCUGCAGGCCCAACUCGUCGCCCAGUCUUCCUCUGCCCGCCCAGCUCCUGCCUCUCCGCGGCCUCUCCAGCUGCCAGACUUCCUCAGGUUAGCCUCUCCAGGCCGAGCUCCUCCUGCCUGCCACUGGCCCCUUUAGGUCCUGCCCCACUCACGCCUCUCGGCUGCUUUCCUGGGCCCCAUUUCUGACUUCUGGCUGCCUCCUCAGGCCCAGGAGUUGACCUCCAGUUGGCCUCUCCAGGCCCAGCCUCCUGCCUCCUGAAGGCCUGCACAGGUCCAGCCUCUGCCUCUCAGCGGAUUCUGCACGGCCAGUCCUCGCCUCACUGCGGCCA